AUGUGGCGACUAGUUGGGAUCGUUUUACUCGCUUGCAGUUUACUACCUAUCCAGGGUAAAUCUACAAAACCAUCCAAGGCCGACUGUUUCCCGCAUAAUAAUACCUGUGGUGACUGUGUUGCCAUCAAGCAUUGCUACUAUUGCAGUAAAACGGAUGUAUGUUGGUAUUAUAAUCCAACCUUUCAACAUUUUAUCCCUCCAGAUUCGGAAUGUCCUAAAGCGGAUGCAUUUCAAGGCCAAUGCUUAUUCUCUACCACUGUCUUGAUUAUUGCUAUUUCAAGUGGCGCUGGUGUCUUGAUUAUUGCCAUUUCGUGUACUAUUUAUUGUUGUUGUUGUCGGAAGAAUAAGAAAAAGUAUCUGAAAGAAGAACAACGUCAUCUGGCUGAAAUCGAGAGCCGUCGCACUCGAAAUGAACAACGUAAAGUUGAACGCCAAGCCAAGCGAGAUGAUAUUCGUCGAAAGUAUGGCCUACUGAAAGAUGAAGAGGAUGCUGGAUACAAUCGUUUAUCGUAA